AUGAGCCUUCCACUUGCUCCUCCGCGUAUGCGUACGUGUACGCUUGGUCCACCCGAACGGCUCGGAGCUCCAAUUGCGAUUGUGGAUAUCGUGCGCGUUCUCUCUGGAUCUUUGAAGGGAAUUCAACCUUAUUUCCGUCGGCCGUAUUUGAAAUUGAAAUUGGCCACCAAGCGCCGAAGAAAUUUCAGCGUUACGCUUGACCACGAUAAACCAAGGCCAAAGAUGCAUCUCAUGUACACUCUUGAUGAGGAGGGGAAGCGGGUAUAUACCCUCAAGAAAGUCACACCAGGCGGCAAAAUUACCAGGUCUGCACACCCAGCUCGGUUCUCGCCAGAUGACAAGUUUGCAAGACAUCGUGUUACGAUCAAGAAGCGGUUUGGAAUUCUCCCCACACAGCUUCCUGCAAAACCGAUGUAA